AUGGACGUGUAUGUCAGCAACAUGUGUAUUCACAUGGUUUCCGACCAAAUAAAAUUUCUCAAGGAAGCCAAACGAGUGUUGAGAAAAGGAGGGAAAAUUGGUCUUACGGUGCCUUGUAAAGAAGACGGUAUGAUGAAUCUUUUUAUUAGUAACAUGAAAAAAAACGAUGUUUUGCCACCCCUUCCAAACAAUCCAUGGUCGCUUGGAUCUAAGAAUAAUAUGAUAAAGCUAUUACAGGAGAAUGGAUUUGAAGUCAGGUAUUGCUGGGAUGAUCAUUUCAAGUUACCGUAUUUCAACGACGACUCUAUAGAUUUUCAAAUAAACCAUGGCGAGCUGAAGCCUUUCUGUGAGGCUCUUGCACUUGAGAAGAAAAAUAAUCUCAGGAAUGAUAUCAUUCAAGAUUUUCAUGAAAUGAAGAAAAACUUCAUCCCUUUACAAAUGAAAUUAGUUUCUAUCGUUGUCGUGAAGGCAGAAAAAGAGCUAAGGCACAUGUGCCGCUGGUAUUAA